CUUACAAACACCCAGCAUCUAGCAAUGUGAAUCCGAUGUGGUUCGAUUCGUUACUUUUACUUACAUUAGUACCAGAAAGGUAUCCAGGCCGCGUAGGUUUAUUAUAAGGUCACGCGAGGUGAAGCUAAACUCGCAUCGUCUAUGAUUGAGAUGAUCGUGCAGUUCAAUUCGUUACUUUUGUUAACAUAAGGGCAAGGCAGCUUGCUGUUGGUCAGUAUCUCAGCCCCAGCGAUCACUAUUGAGUAUUUCAAUCUUCCUAAUCUCCAAUCGCUCUAGCAUUCACAAACUAGAAGUUCAGUCCCGUCACUUGUCCAUCAACUGUAUGGGAUUCAUUAACGUUACGCGUAGUACUUCCAAACAAUCAAAUCACCAACCACCAUACCACCUCCUCAACAAAGCGAACAGCAUAUCAAGAUUCCUCGGCCCUAUCUGGCGCCACCCUCACCCAACCCUCCCCCCUCUCCCAUCUCUCUCCGACCUCCUCUCUUUCCUUUUCCCUCGCUUCCUCUCUCCCCCUUUCCCUCCCCUCCAACCUCCCAACCCUCUCACCCAUCUCAAAUUUCAAAUCAUCCAACGCACUCCUCACCCCCCUCAACUCCUUCUCCACCUCCCUCCUCAAAUCAAGACUCUCAGCCAACUGCACCCUAAUCGCCCGCGCCAGCGUCUCCUUUACCCGCUCCAUCUCACCCCCCAUCCCCAGCACCUCGCUAUCCAACGCAUCGAGAUGACACGAUUGGAGCGAAAGGUCCUCAAGCGCGUAUUCCCCCCUCUUAGGCGCGACAAUAGGAGAAGAAAGUGGAAAGUGGACGCUGCGGCUACGGGGGCGCUUGAAGGGGGUCUCGGGGGAGUCGUCAAGGGGGGCUUUGCGUUUGAGGAUGCUGCGGGUCGUUGAUGGGGGGGUGGGGAAGGGUUGCGGGUGUUUCUGUUGCUGGGGCGGGGGUGGGGUUUUCGGUGGCGGAGGCAUUGGCGCCGGGCGUGUUGGAAGAGGUGGAGGAGUUGGAAUGGUGCUCUUUGGGCUCCGUGGUGCCGGAUUGUUGUUGUUGGGCGGGGGCGGCUUCGCUUUUCUUGCGGCGGUGGCGCAAGAUAAGGUAUGUGAUGCACAUGGGAUGGUGAUGUUAGUUGGGAGGGUUAUGUGGUUUCUGAGGUGGGUGGGUUGAGGGAUGAGAGGGAGAAGGGGGAUUGGGGUAUGGUUUUGUAGUGAUGGUGGUGACGGGGUUCAUUGAUGUGAAAGAGAUAAGAGUCUAGGCGAAUAGUUGACGCAUGCGGCAGGGAAGUGGCCCAUGGAUACGGCUCAUGGGAUUUUGUCUGAAAGAGAUGUGUUGUAGUUCAGCGUAGUAUACUUCUGAUCCUUUUGUCUGUGGCCGCUCUCAG